AUGGCAAUUGAAUUAUACGGCCAAAAAGAUAAAGAAGAACUUGAUGCAUUAAAUAUCUCGAUUGAGCAAGCAGAAGACGAUAUUAAAAAAUUAAAGCGAUAUAAAGAAAAUAUUAAUAAUGCUAUUAUUCCCAUGCUUAAAAGGAUGCAAGAUGGCAUUAAUAAUAUAGAAAACGAAAUAGACCAAAAAUCUCAUGUUUUUCUUGAUCUAACUAAAUGGCAAGUACAAACUUCAUUAAAAGAUAUCAAAUAUGAAAUUCGGCAAAUCUCUAAAGGAUUCGAUAUACAAUAUGAUGUAAUUCAUUAUAUGGAAAGGUUGGAUGAAGGAAUAACUACUCUUAUCAAUAUAUAUGAUCGUAUACAAGACUAUUAUGAUCAAGCGAAGCUUGCUAAUUAUAUUGCACAUAUUUAUUCCCCGAUAAUGACUGAAAUAGAGGAUGAAGAACUAGACAAUGCUAUUAACGAAUUAAAACGAGAAAUAAGAACUAACAUUAUAUUUGGACAUUUUAAAAGAGCUACAAGCGCAUUCAAGCAAUGGCAAAUAAAAGAUCUAGAUCUAAAAGUUAAAGAAAACAAGACAAUUACUAAUGAUAAUGAUAUCCCUUUGAUAAAUACUGUCUUUAACAAUGAAAAUAAAACAUCACGACCAUUUAUUGUGUGGAAAAAUAAAAAUUACAGCCAAGAAAUAUCAAAGUUGCUAAAUGGAGAUGAAGUAACUAUAAAGGCAGAUAUAAUAAAAAGCGAUCCUAGUAAAAAUGUAAUCAAAUUUAAUGAGAUAGGUAUUAGAUUCAAAUCAAUAAAUAAGACAAUACAAGAUAAUAUUGAUCGUGAGAUUGAAUACUUUGACGUUAAAAUGGUUCAUUUAGGCAACUCAUAUUAUAGAUAUGGAGAUAAGUACUACAUGAUAAUAAGUAAGAACCAAGAAAUUACUUAUAGUUUUGAAAAAGAGAAGGAUGACAGAAGCAAACCGGUUAGAAGAAAUAACGUAUAUGAUAAAAUUAAGAAGGAGAACUAA